AUGCCGGAGUCCCCGCCCAACUACAGGACGCCGCCGUUUCCUUCGCUCAACGUGCACACCCUCUCGGACGAGACGAGCAACAAGAUCUACACCCUCUACCACAUUGGCGACGUCUGGCGCUUCACGGUCGUAUGGACCGUCAUUGUCUACGCCGUGUUCCACAUGGGCGCGGUGAUAGUGGCGUUCAUAACGCACGGCUUCAAGCGUCGCUCGUGGAAGCUACUAUGGCUCGCGCCUAUUGUGUAUCUAAGCGUCGCCGGUGUGGAGGCGGUGCUUUCGGGUAGCAUAGUCGGACUAAUAGUCGGGGCCGUGUACCAUUCGGGCAACUACGAGAUGAACACCUGGAUCCCGUGCAUAUGGGGCUUCAUCUGUCUGCUCAUUCUCCUGAUCUCCUCGUUUACAAUCCAAGGCGCGCUGUAG